AUGGAAUCGCCGCCUGUAACGCCGGAGGAGUCGCACAUCGUCGCACACCGAUCCUCCUCCUUCACCGCGCUGCGAUCGCUCAACAAAACGCAGAAGUCGCAGCAGCGUCAUUCCUCGUCGAACGCGUCGCCCGCACCCACCAGAUCCUCCUCCAUGAAUAACGACAAACGAAGCCUGCCAGGGAGGAGGAAAGCAAUGAUGGUGCUGUUCCUGGCUGCCGUCUCCAUCUCCACCAUUUUCGUCGUCAAGGAUCUCAGAUUUUCCGGCCAGUCGCAACAACCAAAAGUGGACGCAGCGAAAAGGGUCGGUGUGCUGGAUGACCCCGGCCCUCUGAUGAUCGUGGAUUCGCCAUCACCUGCACAAACGGACGGCGAAGAUUCCUUUAAAGAGACUGGGACGGCGAAUCCAGAAUCUGGUCUUGAGAGAUUACCAUCCGCCAGCGACCAGUCACGUGUGUUGACGGAUGCGAGUCAGAACGAGCAGGUGCCCUCGUUCCACGCUUCGGUUCAGAACGGUUUCGACCAUUCUCCGCCUGCCGGGGAGCAAGAGGCAGAGGGGAAGGUUGCACCUGAUGCUUUGGGAGGGGAGAAUGCUGCGAGCCGAAGGGAUGAGCUGAGGGGAGAGGGUGCGGGGGGGGAGAAUGAGGUGGGGGGCCAGCGCGCUUCGGGAAGCGAGGACGUUUUGAGGGGGCAGGAUGCUUUGGAAAGGCUGGGUGCUUUGAGGGGACAGGAUGCAGCGAAGGAGGAGGGGGUUGAGAUCGAGACGGAGGCUCGAGUGAAGCGCACAGGACCCAGACCCUGUCCCGUGUGCUACCUGCCGCUACCAGACGCCAUGGGCAUGCGCCCGCCACGGGGCCACACAGAGGAGCCGAUAUUAAAGCACCUGGCGUAUGUCACAGAGGACGACGCCAGUGAGCGGGCUGCCAGGCGCGCGGGCAACCGGCCGCGGUUCAACGGGCACCAGUCGCUGCAGCAGCGGGAGGACUCGUUCAAGAUCCAAGAGAGCAUGCGCGUGCACUGCGGCUUUGUGUGGGGCGGCAAGGUGGGCAACGGCACGGGCUUUGACGUGUCGGAUGAUGACAGGCGGUUCAUGGAGCGGUGCUAUGACAUCGUGGUCGUCUCGGCCAUCUUUGGCGCAUACGAUGUGGUGCAGCAACCAAGUAACAUCAGUGAGGAGGCGAGGCAGCAGCUAUGCUUUGUGAUGUUUGUGGAUGAGACGACCUUCAACGAGUUCAUUCGAGACGGCACUCUCAAGCAGCCGCGCACGCGGAGAGUGGGCUUGUGGCGCCUGGUGGUCGUGCACAACCCUCCUUACAGAGACCCCAGGCGGACCGGCAAGAUCCCCAAGCUGCUCAUUCACCGCCUCUUCCCCAAUGUGCAAUUCUCCAUGUGGGUGGACGCCAAGCUGCAACUCGUGCAAGACCCCUACAUGAUCCUUGAGAGGUUCCUGUGGCGCGGCAACUUCUCGUGGGCAAUAUCGAAGCACUACAAGCGGUUUGACGUGUUCGUUGAGGCGGAGGCCAACAAGGCGGCGGGGAAGUAUCGCAAUGCGAGCAUCGACGAGCAGAUGGAGGUUUACCGGAGUGACGGGAUGACGCCUUUUUCAGAAGACAAGAUGCCCAUCAUCAGCGACGUGCCCGAGGGGUGUGUGAUAAUGCGCGAGCACACGGCGCUCAGCAACCUCAUGGCGUGCCUCUGGUUCAACGAGGUGGAUCGAUUCACCUCCCGCGACCAGCUCAGCUUUGGGUACACGCGUGACAAGAUCUGCCGCAGCGUGCCUGCCUGGCGGCUCAACAUGUUUCUCGACUGCGAGCGUCGAAACUUCGUGGUGCAGGUGGGUGCUCUGCGGUGCAAAUUGGUGCUAUGCGGUGUAGGUCGGUCCUCUGCUGUUCAGGUGAGUGUUCUGGGGCGGUUUCACUGCGACCAGCUGAGGGUACACGAGGGACAAGAUCUGUCGCAGCGUGCCAGGCUGGCGGCUCAACAUGUUCCUCGACUGCGAGCGCCGCAACUUUGUUGUGCAGGUGGGUGCUCUGCGGUGCAGGUUGGUGCUCUGUGGUUCAGGCCUGCCUGGCGCCUCAACAUGUUUAUCGGCUGCGAGCGCCGCAACUUUGUCGUACAGGUCUAUCACAAGGCUGGCUAUCACAAGGACGUGCUGAUUCAGAGGCUCAACGCCCCCCCUGCUCUCUCCCCCUCUCUGCUUGUUUCUCUCUCACAGUCACGUGCUCCUUGUGGUGCUGUGCAUUUCCCCUCCCCUCCCCUCCCAUCCCCGCUACAGGGCUAUCACAAGGACGUGCUGAUUCAGAAGCUCAACGGCUCAUCCACCCCUCCUGCUCUUGCUCUCCUGCUCGCACCCACAUUGCCUCCCAUCCCCCCCACAGGGCUAUCACAAGGACGUGCUGAUUCAGAAGCUCAAUGGAUCGGGCAGAGGGAGGAAGGUUCUAGGCAGCAGCUGCAGCAGGAAGGGCAACACCUAAACGUGGGGGAGAAGGUGGAGGAUGGGGAGGAGGACGGUGAGGAGCAGGAACAGGAAAGAGGCAAGGUUGAAAGGAGGCUUCUGGGGCGUGAAGCGCGGGAGGGGGAGGAGGAAUGGGAGGGGGAGGAGAGCAGGAAGAAGCGUGACUUCAAUACCAGAGAUAUUAUAUGGGAAGAAAGGUGGAAGGAUGUUGAUCUAAUGAGCGGGUUGGAAGGGGAAGGGAAUGCACUAACACUAGAAUUCAGGGCGUAG